AUGCUUGUUAAUAGUGGUCAAGAAGGUUGUAAAAUAGAUGAAAUUAAGUGCGCUUCUGGUCCUCUGUAUCAGCGCCUCUACACGAUAGAAAUGUAUAUGUUUGAAAUGGAUAUGACUAUUCCAUCCUUAAUGUCGUUAUGCAUGUCACCAUUUGCCUUCUAUCGAGCAGCAGCUAAUCACAUUGAGAGAAGGAAGAGGAGGAGCGGAAUGGCUACCACAGCCAGUGAUUGUCUAUAG